AUGCAGAAUAAAACAUCUGUCACAGAGUUCAUCCUCAUAGGGUUCUCCAGCAAACCAGCCCUGCAGCUCUGCCUUUUCAGCCUUUUCUCUGUCUUCUAGUCUGCCACUCUGAUGGGAAAUGCACUUGUGUUUGUGCUCAUCUGCCUGGACUGCCACCUCCACAGCCCAAUGUACUUAUUCCUCUGCCACCUAUCUGUUGUGGACAUCUGCUAUACUUCCAACAAUGUCCCCCAUAUGCUCAGGAACCUCCUUGGAAAAUGAAGAACCAUCUCAUUUGCUGAGUGUGGGAUACGGAUACAUCUUUAUUUAGUACUUGCACUGACAGGGUCCAUGCUGCUGGCUGUGAUAUCUUAUGAUCAUUACAUGGCAAUCUGCCAUCCCCUCCGCUAUGCCUUUAUCAUGAACUGGAGGGUGUACUUCACCCUUGUUGCAGUUUCAUGGGCUUCUGGGUUCAUAUUUGGUACACUACAAGCCUCUCUGGCUUUAAACCUGCAUGUUUGUGGACCUUGUGAGGCUGACCACUUCUUCUGUGAAAUCCUUGCUGUCUUAGAGCUGGCCUGCACUGACACUACUGCCAAUAAAUACCUUAUCCUUGCUGUUUGUGUAUGCUUCUUCCUCUUCCCUUUAGCCUUAAUCCUAAUUUCCUAUCUCUGCAUCCUGGCUACCAUUCUGCUCAUCCGCUCUGUGGCAUGGCACAAAACCUUCUCCACCUGUGGCUCCUACCUGACUGUAGUGGGUCUAUUUUAUGGAAAUGCCAUCUUCAUGUACAUGGGCCCUGGGAGAUGUAACUCAUCUGGAAUGGAGAAAGCUUAUUCCCUUUUCUACAGUUUGGUCAGCCCUACCUUGAAUCCCCUGACUUACAGUCUGAGGAACAAACAGGUGAGAGAAGUCUUGCUGAAGAUUCAAAGAAGGAAAAGAGUCUUUCAUUCCAUGUAG